GAAUAAAAUUAACCAGACCCAAAAAAUUAGUACACUUUCAAAAAAAUCUCCAAAGUGCAUUUCGAUAAUCAAGCCAUUUCGCAAUUCGCCCAAUGUUGCACCGUUCGAAUCGUGUUUAUCCACCACCACACGUGUGUACACACCCACACCUUUCACGAACACACAUUCCACCGUUGUUGCAUCGAAUCGGUCGGUUUCGCAGUUUACCGUUCCCCGCCUGGCGAGUCCACACCCACACACCCACUCAUUGGGCAAAACAAAACGGCUCCGACCACGCACACCACCACCGCUCGAAACAUAAACUUCGUAUCCGUACACGGCGUCGUUUGGCUUCAGCUCUCGGAACAGCGGGAUUGUAUUGGUGCGUCGGUCUGCUCUUUGGGAUCGUCUCGUCACUGAAUCCGAUCGUUUUCAUUCAUUCGCUAGUGAAAAGUAUGGCCGAACGAACGUCGUCGUAGCCGCCCGUCGUCGUCGUGUCCGAGUAGAGCAUAGAGUGCAGCAGAAGAAAGGUAGUGGUUUUUGGAAGUUUUCUCCGGUUUGGAACAACGGAUUGUCACGGAAAAUCGCUCAGCAGCAGAAGAAUAAGGUGAACGUGUGUGGGGGGAAUCUAACGAAACCGAACGAAGCAAGAGAAGCAAAUCGACGAAGAAAAGAAUUUCAACGGAAUCGAUCCGGACGGAACUGCAGCUGUUGGGGAAAUCCGGAAAUUGACCGCCGCCGCUGGCUCGUCGUGUAGAAUCGAGCAAGUAAGUAUUGCUGCAGCAGAUCGCUUUCGCUCGCACAUUGUGCGGAUGCCAAUAAUUUUCACGUUCGAAGAAAAUCGAUUUUUUUCCUGGGUCCCCAUGGUUUAGGAGCUGGAGGGCGGAUUGGGGACAGGAAGCUUGGGGAAAUCAUCGUGACGGACGGGUGUCGUGAUCGAAAUCGACACGAACUCUUCUGGUAACAAACCGUCGGAACAGUGCGACCGGUUGUUGGUAGACAAAAUCGAAAAAUCAUUUAAAAAAAAUGUUGUUCGGAGGUGAACACGCAAGCAUAGUCUUGUAGCCGGGGCAUUCUUUAAUGCCGGUUUGGCAAAUGAAUCAAGCGAUUUUUAUUUGGAGGAAUUGUUAUAGCUUUGAACAUGCAUACGAUGAUGAAUACUGUCAGAAUCUCGAAGCACGAUUCUACUAGAAUCCUCAGUCAGAAUUCUAUCAGAAUCCUAGGACUACAGGACUCUAGGAUACCACAAUACACUACCACAAUCAUGACCACAAUCCAGAGGCAGGAUUCUACCAGAAUCAUCAGAAAGGAUUCUAUCAGAAACCUGAGCCAGGAUUCUACUAGAAUCCUGAGACAGAAUUGUACUAGAAUUCUGAGACAGGACUUCUUCAGAAUCCUGAGACAGGAUUCCUUCAGAAUCCUGAGACAGGAUUCCUUCAGAAUCCUGAGACAGGAUUCCUUCAGAAUUCUGAGACAGCAUUCCUUCAGAAUCCUGAGACAGGAUUCCUCCAGAAUCCUAAGACAUGAUUGUACCAGAAUCCUGAGACGGGAUUCUACCAGAAUCCUGAGACAUAAUUCUACCACAAUCCAAAAACAGGAUUUUACAAAAAUUAUGAGACAGGAUUCCUCCAGAAUAUUGAGACAGGAUUCCUCCAGAAUUCUGAGACAGAUUUUUUCCAGAAUCAUGAGACAGGAUUCCUCUAGAACCCUGAGACAGGAUUCCUCUAGAAUCCCAAGGCCGGAUAUCUUCAGAAACCUGAGACAGGUUUUCUCCCAAAUCCUGAGACAGGAUUCCUCCAGAACCCGGAGACAGGAUUCUACCAGAAUUCUGAGGCAUGAUCUCUCACAAGAAUCCGGAGACAGGAUUUUACCAGAAUCCGGAAACAGGAUUCUAUCAAAAUCCGGAGACAGGAUUCCUCCACAAUCCAAAGACAUUAAUCCUGAAACAGGAUUCUUCCAGAAUCCUAAGACAGCAGUGGCGUCUCGUAACCUCAUUUUUACCUGUUCAACGACCUUAAAAAAUGCAUUUGCGGAGAAUUCAGGAUCCGAAUCAAAUUGAAAAUGGGCGGAAACGGCUAUUCUCGUCAUUUCCUACAAAUUGCACGCCAAUUUAUUGCGAAAAAUCAAGAAUUUGCGAUCGUUGAACAGGUAGAGUUGAGGUUAGGGAAUCGCCACUGUAAGACAGGAUGCCCCCAGAAUCCUGAGACAGGUUCCUCCAGAAUCCUGAGACAGGAUUCCUCCAGAAUCCUGAGACAGGAUUCCUCCAGAAUCCUGAGACAGGAUUCCU